AUGGGGUACGAAAGACAGUUAACAGACUGCUCGUCUUGGACUCAGGCAUUUGGCAGGCUGUUGACACCGCCUGCCUCGGUGAAUGCCUGCUGUUGUAUGCUUGCCUCUACGUUUCCCAAGUUUCUCUGUACAUUUUUGCUGUCGUGGUCAUAUUUCGUGAUAGUGUUGAAAAUUGGACUCAAGUCAUCCGAUUUCUGGGAUGGUUUUGUCACGAUAGCUAUUUCGACGGGAUUGGUGUCGUUGGCUUUAAUUUCAUAUUUCCUGGUGGUCAUGGGACCAGGAUCGCCUCUCGACUUCCCAGAACUGCUUAUAGAUCCAAGUUUGGACAGGGACCAGGUAACACCACCCGAAAUUGUUGUAUCUAGAAGUUUGACAAUGAAAUACAAUGGUUCCAUGAGACAUUGUCAGAAGUGCAAAUGCUGGAAACCAGAUAGAAGCCACCAUUGUUCUUCGUGUGGGAAAUGUGUUUUGAGAAUGGACCACCAUUGUCCUUGGUUUGCCAUUUGUAUUGGAUUCAGAAAUCACAAGUUCUUCAUUCAAUUCCUGAUAUACUCCUGGUUGUUUGCCAGUUAUGGCACCCUCGUAUCCGGCCUUCAACUCUACAGCUUCCUGAACGAUGAGGACAUCCCCGCCGCAGAUUUCUCCCUCAACGUGAUGUUCUUGUUUAUCUUGGCAGUCACAAUGUCAAUUGCAUUGUUUUUCUUCGGUGCCUACUCCAUAUACGAGGUCUUGAGGAACAUGACCACCAUUGAAACAUAUGAAUCGACCAGGUACAGAUCAAAUAUGAGACGCAAUACCUCAGAAAACACAUACAAGUAUGCCGACAUUCCUAACUCGGCUUCUAUAGGUAACAUUUUUGAUCUUGGACUUAGGCGAAACUGGCAAUCGGUUAUGGGAACGACGUGGAAGGAAUGGCUACUUCCAGUCCCUGCCAGAUCGCUCUAUUUUGCGGACGGACUGACCUUCGAGGUCAAUGAAGAAAUUUUUGCUAGGCUCUUGGAAAGCUCGGCUUUACAGGAUAGGUUAUCUUCGGAAUUGGCUACCUACAGAGAUAGGCAGAAAGCUGUGAGGCAGCAGGCUUUGGACGAGGAGUUUAGGCAAACUGGGACGCAGUAUGGACUGUAG